GCAAUUAGACUUAAAUAAUUUGCAAAACUUUUUUCUACGCUCCGAACUAGAAAUAUUAAUUCCGAUAGGCAAUGAUAAAUAGAUUAAGGCAAAGGAACGCAAGUGCCGACUUCAUAGAGCGCUUACGUAUAACUUAAGAAGCAGCCGUGAAACUUGUAGAUAUUAAUAAAUGUUUAUAGCUUAUAAUGCCAAAAUUCAAACGAAGAUGAAAUCGCCUACGAACACGAAGUUGUGCGACGUCAACGCAACGUAGCAUCAGCAUUAUCGCUGCGCCACGACGUAAGCAAGUCGAAAGAGACGUGAGAAAGAAGCAAACAAACGAAAAAGAAGACAAUACCUACGCCAUAGACUAUAACUGUGAAAUAGAAAAGUUCUAACGUCACGCGCCAUUUAUGUGUCGUCUGUCCCGUUCUUCGCUCGCGCAAUUACGUCACAAAGAGCAGCAGCAGAAGCAAGAGAAGCAGACGCAGCAGGCAGCGAACUCAUUGAGGAGUGCAGAACGAGGGCUAGAAGAUCAGUGGCAGUACCAUUGCCAUCGUUUUCGUCAUCGACAGCGCCAUCAACAUCACCAUCGCAGUCAGGAGGAAAGGAAGAAGAAGCACCAUCGUUGGAAAAGAGAACGACGUAACGGAGCUAGCAGGCCGACCACUGGAGAUCAACGCAGCACAUCCUCCGCCCGCCACUCAACUGCGCCAGCCCUAGACUGACGCAGUUUCUGAGCAACAACAAUAAUAAGAAUAAUAACAACAACAAC